CUGAGAGCGGCGUCAGCGGCGGAGGGGAGGGCGGAGGAGGGCGGGACGGUGGAGUGGAGUCGCGCGUGGUACGCCGUGGGCGUGACGGCUGACAUGGACGCGACUCGCCCGCACGCCAUCACCAUUGUGGGCCGCCCGCUCGUGCUCUGGCGCGACGCCGCGGGGUCGUGGCGCUGCUUCCUCGACCAGUGCCCCCACCGCCUCGUGCCGCUCUCCGAGCUGUUCAUCACACCUGUUCCCAUCACACCUGUUCCCAUCACACCUGUUCCCAUCACACCUGUUCCCAUCGCACCUGUUCCCAUCGCACCUGUUCCCAUCGCACCUGUUCCCAUCGCACCUGUUCCCAUCGCACCUGUUCCCAUCGCACCUGUUCCCAUCGCACCUGUUCCCAUCGCACCUGUCCCAUCGCACCUGUUCCCAUCGCACCUGUUCCCAUCGCACCUGUUCCAUCGCACCUUUCCCAUCGCACCUGUUCCCAUCGCACCUGUUCCCAUCGCACCUGUUCCCAUCGCACUGUUCCCAUCGCACCUGUUCCCAUCGCACCUGUUCCAUCGCACCCUGUUCCCAUCGCACCUGUUCCCAUCGCACCUGUUCCCAUCGCACCUGUUCCCAUCGCACCUGUUCCCAUCGCACCUGUUCCCAUCGCACCUGUUCCCAUCGCACCUGUUCCCAUCGCACCUGUUCCCAUCGCACCUGUUCCCAUCGCACCUGUUCCCGAUCGCACCUGUUCCCAUCGCACCUGUUCCCAUCGCACCUGUUCCCAUCGCACCUGUUCCCAUCGCACCUGUUCCCAUCGCACCUGUUCCCAUCGCACCUUUGCCCAUCGCACCUGGGCGCAUAGACUCAUCAGGGCGGUUGGCGUGUUCGUACCACGGUGUGGGCGUACCCCUCUACCCGCUGGGUCAGAAUGGAGGUGUUAUAGGCGCAAGCGGAUGCCCACCACAUACGCGGAGGGGCGGCAUGGCGUGUUCGUACCACGGGUGGGCGUUUGCAGGCAGCGGCGCGUGCGAGCUCAUCCCGCAGGCCGCCCCGGAGCACCCCGGCCAGCCCCCCCGCGCCGUGUGCUCCCCGCGCGCAUGCGCCACUGCCUUCCCCGUGAGGGAGUUCCAC